AUGGUCCAAGAACUGGCUCAGAAGAAUAUUCUCUUACAGGAGCAAUUAGCAACUGAACAAGACCAAACUAAACGGGUGCAGGACAUGGAACGGUCCCUCUUAAUUCUUAAUCAAAAUAAUCUAGAAUACCAAAGGGAAAAUGAUAACUUGCAAGAACAAUUACGACAAAAAGAUUAUCAAUUACAAUCAUCAGAAUUAAAACAAGCCAACUAUUAUAACUUCAUCAAAAGUUUAGCCGAAAUCUUCCCUCUUUCAGAAACUCAAAAGGGUAAAUUGGACGAGGCCGAGGAACCUGAUACUAAACUUUUAUCUUUUUUAAAAACUAAUAUUUUUGGGGGAGUGAAUAAGUUAAAAACUAAAAUUGCUGAAUUAGAAGAAAAACAAAAGCAACAAGCAAAUAAAGAGGCUGACAAAAUGAAAAGAAUUAAAGAAUUAAUUAAACAAAUAUUAGAGGCAACAGCCUUCAUCAACGAAAUAAGAGUCCAAUUGCAGCAGACCCAGCAAGAAGUUUUGGAUUUAACUAAAGAACGGGAUGCAUUGACUACUGAAAGAGAUGAUGCCCUUAGUGAAUUGCAAAUAGAAAAGACUAAUCAUCAGCAGACCCAAACUGAAUUAGACCAAGUAAAAACCGAAAGGGAUAAUUUAAAAAAUGAAAAAACCCAGAAGUCAGCCACUUUGGAAAAAGCCAAAACCAAUAUGGAUGAAUUGAUGACCCAAGUUUUAGAUUUGAGAAAAACAGCGAAUGAAGAGUUAAAAAAGGGGAAUGAGGAAUUGAAGAAAGAAGUGAGGGGCUGGGAAGAAGGGAUGAAGAUGGUUCAGGAAGCUAUGAGAGAACUUGAUGAAAUAUCUGAAAUAGCUGAAACAGUAGCCCAAAUACAGGAGGAAUUGUGCCAAAAAAUAGAGGUUUUGCAAGGCUACAUUGCCGAGAUAAAUCAAAUUUUUACUGAAAGUUUACAGAAUAAAGAAAGUGAAUUAUCAACUAAACAAAAAGAACUCCAAGUAGUUGAAGAAAAAUUAUUAACUUGCCAGCAACAAAAAGAUAAUUUACAAAAAGAAUUAGAUAACAAAAUAACAGAAUUGGCUAAUUCUAAUUUAUCUCAAGAGCAAAAGUCGCAACAAAUAAUCUCUCUAACCACUAGCGGACAAAAGCAUUUUAGUAAAAUUAAUCAACAAUUAUCUAGUGCUUGA